CACCUAAAACGACGUCGUAAAAACAAACUUAAGUGCCAUCCAUUGUUUCUUGCAAAACGGUGCAACUAUAAAACUCCCGCUCAGCUAAAAAAUCGGAGCACUGAAAUAAUUUCACACACACAACUCAGAACUCCAAGCUCUCCAAAGUCUGUAUCUAUCACCAUUGUAAUGGCGGAAACAAAAAUUGAGGAGAAAGUUGAAGAGGCCGCGAAAAUCGACUUGUUUGAAGACGAUGAUGAGUUUGAAGAGUUCGAAAUCGGUCUCGAGUUUGAGGAGAAGAACGAGAUAGGGACGGAUGUAACACAGGAGUGGGAGGAUGAUUGGGAUGAUGAUGAUGUCAAUGAUGACUUCUCGGUGCAGCUAAGGAAGGAGUUGCAGAAUGAUACGAGUGAGGAGAAGUGAUGACUUGCGUAUUUGGUAUUACUUAGCUACAGAGGGUUAAGGGUGUUUUCUUUAAUGUAGUUUAAUUUGGUAUAAGAAUACUUGAACUCUAGUGGAUGCUUUUUUAAAUAUAAUGUCUGACUUGUUCUCUGUGA